AUUUCUAAAUUGAAAAAUAAAUUAAAUGAAUAAAAAAGUGGGAAACUACAAAGAAACCACUAGGACUGUACUUAUUGCGACAUUCUAUGAUAAUACCCCAAAAGGAAAAGAAAAUCAGCAAAGGGUUUUGAUCACAUCAAUCUUCAAUGGCUAGGCCAUCAUGGUUAGUUGACAGUAGGAGGAUUGCAACAAAAAUUAAGAGUGCAUCAGGUGAUCCUGCAACAGUGAAUUGGAAGAGCAACCCUACAAAAGCUUGCCCUAAUUGCCAGUUUAUCAUUGACAACAAUGACGUCAGCCAUGACUGGCCAGGAUUGCCAAGAGGUGUAAAAUUUGAUCCAACUGAUCAAGAGAUUAUUUGGCACUUAAUUGGAAAAGUCGAAGGUGGUGAUCGGAAUUCCCAUCCUUUUAUCGAUGAGUUCAUUCCAACUGUUGAUGAGGAUGAUGGAAUCUGCUAUACACAUCCUCAAAAUUUACCAGGUGUUAAGCAGGAUGGAUGUGUCGCACACUUCUUUCACCGAGCAAUUAAGGCUUAUAAUACAGGAACGCGUAAGCGUAGGAAAAUACAUGGUGAUAAUUCUGGUGAUGUCCGCUGGCAUAAGACUGGUCGCACAAAACCUGUUAUCUUAGAUGGAAUCCAAAGAGGGUGUAAGAAGAUUAUGGUUCUUUAUAUAAGCCCAUCUAAGGGUGGGAAAGCCGAGAAGACAAAUUGGGUGAUGCACCAGUAUCACCUAGGAACUGGUGAAGAUGAAAGGGAAGGGGAAUAUGUUGUGUCUAAAGUAUUUUAUCAGCAACAGCAAGUCAAGCAGGGUGAAAAAAUUGAACAAGAAUUCCCCGAGGACUCCGAAUGUAUGGUUGCUAAAGUAGAUCCACAUACCCCAAAGUCUGUGACUCCUGAACCCCCUCGCAGUGACAGAUUGUCCUCCAGUAUGGAUGCAAGACAGCAAAUUGCUGCUGCUAGUCCCGUUAACCAGUAUCAUGAGGUGGAGGAUUACGUAGAAGAUGACAUGGGAGCUCUUCCUGAACAGCCUGAGGAUCAAGAUCAAUACAUUGAGAAUCAAAUCGAUGAAACUGGGACAAAAAUUGAGACCGAGACUGGAGAUGAUCCGAAAUGGUGGGACAGCGAGUCACAAUAUUUGCUGGAUUCUCAACAACUUGUAGAAGGGCUAUCCUUAUGUGAUGAUCUUCUCGCGAGCCAGUCUCCUAAUAGGGAUGGAAAUGAAAAUGACCAAGUGCAGAAAUGUAGACCUAGUCUUGCUGAUUAUGCACGUUUAGGACCCGAGGAUCUGAAGAAGGAUUUGGAGGAGUGCCAACAAUUUGUUGCUGAUCCAGCCAACAUAGAGAUUGGCACUCCACCUGAUUUCCGGCUUAGUCAACUUGAGUUUGGAUCACAGGACAGUUACAUUGCAUGGGGCGGAAACAAGUAUGGCUUUGAUUCCGCGGAGCAAAAUGGUUGAGAUCAUAGCUCAUCGAAUGCUUUCAAGAUUGCUAAUCCUUAGGUAUCAGAUUUUUGUCAAGCUUGUGGUAAAACUAUGUCUACUGCAAGUUAACAGAAACUAUAACUUGAUGCAACUUCCUGUUUUGUUACCAAUGCGCGGUAAUGCCUGAAAAGGCACGUUAAGUGUUUCUGUGCUAGAACGUUCAUUGAACGAUCUGGAUUUCUUGCUUAGUUAACCUUGUACAUAAGGUUUAUUAUUACUACUAUUUCCCAUGCAAGUUUACAACUUUUUCCCUGCUUGCUUGGUUUGUGCUUCUUCAUCUAGCAUAUGAACUCGAUUUGAUCUGAAACCUAUUGGGAUAUUGCUGGUUCUAACGAGUUUAGAACGUAUCUUCAACUAGUAGUUAUCGCUUAUAUAGAUUUAUUUUCUUCCUU